UAUAGAAAUACUACUGUUAAAAUAGUGUUCAAUACAUCAAUUGUAGAGCGAUAUAGAAAUACUACUGUUAAAAUAGUACUCAAUACCUCAAUUGCAGAGCGAUAUAGAAAUACUACUGUUAAAAUAGUACUCUAUACAUCAAUUGUAGAGCGAUAUAGAAAUACUACUGUUAAAAUAGUACUCUAUACAUCAAUUGUAGAGCGAUAUAGAAAUACUACUGUUAAAAUAGUACUCUAUACAUCAAUUGUAGAGCGAUAUAGAAAUACUACUGUUAAAAUAGUACUCAAUACAUCAAUUGUAGAGCGAUAUAGAAAUACUACUGUUAAAAUAGUACUCAAUACAUCAAUUGUAGAGUGA